CCUCACAUUUGUAUUUCCGUAGUCAAACCAGCCUCCCCUAAAUUACCUGAUUUGUUCUGUCACAUACUGUAUCUGUCCACUCAGGACUCGUGUUGCAUAACAAGUACAUUGAACAAUUGACAUCAUACUGGAAGUUGAUUAGAAUAAAAAGGAACAACACGUGUUUCGAUGUCCCUAGGAACGGACACGAACGGCUCUCCAGGUUGCUAAACUCUUGUUUACGGUAAAUCGGAAAUGACAUCAACCUGUCUAUGUAGGGGUUUUCCGCAUUUCAGAGUCGAAGUGAGUUCCUCCAACAGCCUACACACCUAGGGACAUAUUUGCGAAAAGCAGAAUGGGGACACGUCCUUUGGAAAAACGGGGAUCUAUGUGGACAUCUGUCAGUCACGGAGCAACAAGUCCGGAGUUCUGAGGAUCAUAAACAACUUAAUGUUAGUUAGUCAGGAGUGAACUACCAAAGGACCAAGGGGAUCAAAUCCAGUCAACAUGGCAGUCUUCAAGUCUGAAAAUGUGGAAGACUUCUAUGAGAUUGGGGAUGUUCUGGGAAGUGGGCACUUUGGUCAGGUUCGACAAGUUCUUGAGCAGGCCACUGGAACUUUUUGGGCAGGCAAGUUCCUGAGGAUAAGAAAGAUGGCCUGCAGCCGUCUGGGCAUGGACAGAAGCAGUGUGGAGCAUGAGGUGGAGAUCCUCCAGGCUCUUCACCAUCCAAACAUUGUGAUCCUCAAAGAUGUUUUUGAGAGCCGGGCAGAAGUGGUGCUCAUUCUGGAGCUUGUAAGUGGAGGAGAGUUGUUUGACUUCAUUGCUGAGAAGGAGAACCUGUUGGAGAGUGAGGCAAUUGACUUCAUGAAGCAGAUCCUGGAGGGAUUGGGAUUCAUGCACAGCAAGAAAAUUGCCCACUUUGACCUCAAGCCAGAAAACAUCAUGCUGUCAGACAAAGUAUCACCAAACCCUAAGAUCAAACUAAUCGACUUUGGCCUGGCCCACCAUUUUCAACAAGGCAAGGAGUACAGGAGCACAAGUGGCACCCCGCAGUACAUUGCCCCUGAGGUGAUAAAUAAAGAAGCUCUCAGCAUAGCAGCAGAUAUGUGGAGCAUUGGAGUUAUUACCUACAUACUAUUAAGCGGUUUGUCACCAUUCCAAAGUGAGACUGAUGAAGACACUCUGAAAAAUAUCAUUGCCAUGAAGUAUGAGUUCUUUUCACAAUAUUUCAGCACUACCAGCUCCAUGGCCAAAGACUUUAUCCAGAAACUCCUGAUGAAAAAUCCAAAGUAGGUAGUAUUGUACAGUGUCCAUGGUUAUUUAACAGAAGAUGUAUUGACUAAUUUUAAUCAAGACCUUGUUUGAAUAACCCCUGGUGCAUCUGGGGCUGUUACAUGCCACUGACAAUGAC